UAUUCACGAAUAUAAGCCUGUACAAACACUGGACAGAUAUUUAUUCUAUUAUAUUCGAGACAAACAACAAAAAUUGUCAUUACACCAAAGUUCUCUGAGAAAUCAAGAUGAAGUUGCUUUCAGGAAUAUUCAUUUCCGCUGUUUUUAUUGGGAUCACACAAGGACAUAUCAUAGGAAUACUCAGAGAUUUCUCCCCAAUAAUCGCAGACAUAUCAGGCUCAAUUGACAACCUCUUGAGAGACACUGGAGGACUCAUUGGCCACACAUUCUCAUCAAUAGAUUCUGCAAUUGAGAGCGCUGAAGAUUCCAUUUCACAACUCAGCAAAAGCAUCGAGCAAAUCCUGGUAGGUUGCCCAGACGAUCAACAUAGUCAACAAUGCGCUGAAGAGCUAAGAGCAGUAUCUCAAGGCGUCAACAAUACCAUCGUCAAAAUCUGCGUUGAUGAAACCAGAAUCAGAAAUACCUUGUCUGCGAAAUUGGUCGAAAUAUCCAAAUUGAGAACUCAGUGCGAGAGCACGUUUACGCAAUGUUUGAAGACACCCCCUGUAGAUCAAUGCAUCCAAACUGGAAUCAACUCUGUGAAAACAGGUAUACAGGAGAAAGAAGUAACACUUAAGCAGGAUGUGGAAACUAUCAAAACUCAAGUCAGCCAAUGUGUUAACACCAGAGCAGAAAAAGUAUGUGGUACACUUCAAAAUGCAGUCGAUGAUUACAAAAGAUGCAUUGGUGAAGAAGAUGACUGAUAUCCAUUUGAAUGACCUCUGUUGUAUUAUUAACUGUACGUGACUGAUGUGAAAACAAUAAAUAUAAGAUUCGUACAUAA